CACUCAGGAAAAGGUUGGUCCAUGAGCGACCGCUUCGACUGCAGAAACUGUAACGAGUCCCUGUACGGACGCAAGUACAUCCAGGUGGAGGAGAAACCUCACUGCAUCCCCUGCUACGACCGCCUGUACGCCAACACCUGCCAGGAAUGUAAGGAGAUCAUUGGCCACAACGCCAAGGAACUGUUCUACGAGAACAGGCAUUACCACGAGCACUGCUUCCGCUGUUUCCGCUGCGACCGCUCCCUGGCGGACGAGUCCUUCACCAUCCAGGGCGACGCUCUGGGCCGCAGCGAGGGCUUCUGCAACGAGUUCUCCUCCAAGUGCGUGGCCUGUGACAAGACGGUGAUGCCAGGAUCCAGGAUGUUGGAAUACGGCGAGUCCACGUGGCACGAGGACUGCUUCGUCUGUCACGGCUGUGAGAAGCCCAUCGGCGCCGAGGCGUUCAUCCCGGACAAGAACAACUACUACUGCGUUCCCUGCUACGAGGGCAGGUUCGCUCCUCAGUGCAGCCACUGCAAAAAGGCUCUGACCAAGGGCGGCGUCACCUACAAGGACAAAGUGUGGCACAAAGAGUGUUUCUUCUGCUCAGGCUGUCAAACGUCUCUGGCCGGUCAGUCCUUCACCUCACAGGGAGAAAGUCCGUACUGUGUCAAAUGCUUCAGCAGCCUCUACGCCAAGAAGUGCGCCGGCUGUAACACGGCCAUCACAGGGUUCGGGGAUGGAAAGUACGUCUCCUUCGAGGAGCGGCAGUGGCACCAGCCCUGCUUCAAGUGCUCCCGCUGCUCCGUGUCGCUGGUGGGCUCCGGCUUCUUCCCGGACCGUGACCUGAUCCUGUGUACAGACUGCAACAGCGACGAGUGACUGAGCGUCGAACACUGACCGCUGAAGAGAGCAGCAGGAAAACUCCGGAACCUCGGCUGUUUGCACAUGAACGCUGCCGUUGACUCCAGGCUCAGUAUUCUCUCCUCCAAUCACAGCUCAGCACCGUGAGACCUUUGAAUAAAAAACCAAACACACACUCGUCACCGCCGUCUGAACGCUGAUGUGUGUGUUUGUAAAGUUCCUCUUCUUUUCCCUCUUUUCUCACUGUUGUCAUGUUGUGUCAAAACUUUGUAACUUUUUAUUCACUUUCACUGUUGUACAUGUGAUAAUAAUAAAAAAAGUUAAUGAAA